CUUGGCUAGGCGGCGCCAAGCGGAGAGUAGCAGUAGUAGCAGCGCCGUAGUACCGUGCCAGUCGCGCCCUGGCUGCUCCAAGCAUCACACAGCUAUUAAAUGCAAGAGUGGAUGCAUUUGGAAUCAUAUCUCUUUUGGUCACCGACGAUGUGCGCCUGUAACUCUGCCUUUACGAAGUGAACCAGCUUGCUAGGAACUGGUGGGUGUUCAAGAGAUGCCUCCUAAUUGCAGGCAACUGCUCGUCGGAAGUGAGCGAGGGAUUGUGAAAGGACUGUCUCCUUCGGCGAAAUUAAACCAGUAUUUGUGAGAUCUCCAGCAUUACGUUGAGAUGGCAACGGUUGUGAUGGAGCAGAUUGGCAGACUCUUCAUCAACAUCCAGCAGAUCCGUCAGAUCCCCAGCCUGGUGGAGCAGUCCAUUCCCAGCCUGCCGUGCACGGUGAAGGACUGCGAGGUGCCGCAGAUAUUCCGGGAGCCCUACAUCCACUCCGGCUACCGGCCCGUCAAGCAGAGCUGGCGCUACUACUUCUUCACCCUGUUCCUGCGGCACAACGAGUCCGUCAACGUCUGGUCCCACCUCUUCGCCGCGCUGAUCGUCCUCCUCAAGCUGCAGGAGUUCUCCCAGACGGUGGACUUCUGGUCAGAUCGGCACGCGCUGCCGCUGCUGAUCCUCCUCCUGACCGCCUUCACCUACCUGGCCUGCAGCUCUCUGGCCCACCUUUUGCACGCUCGCUCCGAGCUUGCCCAUUACUCCUUUUUCUUCGUGGACUAUGUCGGCGUGGCUAUCUAUCAGUAUGGCAGUGCGUUGGUCCACUACUACUAUUCUGCCGAAGAGGAAUGGUACCACUUCAUCAAGACCUUCUACCUCCCCGCAGCCACCCUGCUGGCUUGGUUGUCAUGUGUCGGAUGCUGCUAUGCAAAAUCCAACGCCAAGCAGCUUCGCCCCAUGUCUCGCAAACUCUACCAGGUAGUCCCGGCAGCACUGGCCUACAUGCUGGACAUUAGUCCCGUGCUGCACCGGAUAUACAGCUGCUAUUCCUCCAGUUGCACUGACUCUUCCAUUUGGUACCAUGAAUGCCAGGUCAUCUUCUUCCUCAUAAGUGCUCACUUCUUCUCUUGUCCCCACCCGGAGAAGUGGCUCCCUGGAAAGUGCGACAUUUUCCUGCAGGGGCAUCAGAUUUUCCACGCCUUCAUGGUCCUCUGUACCCUGGCCCAGCUGGAAGCCAUUCAUUUGGACUUUAAGCACAGGCAGCAUUUCUAUCAGACUUGGCACAGCAACUCCACCUGGACUGUGUUGGGCUGUUUUGCCGUGGUCAUCUCCUCCAGUGUUAUUACGGUGGCUUACAUGAGGCACCUCGUCAGAGUCAAACUUGGCCUCAAGGAGAAAUGAGAAUGUAAAGCAUCAUGGCUGUGCAAGGAAUUGUCAACGUAAUGCUGAACACCUUACUUCUUUGCAUAACAUUUAAAUUGUACAUGGCAAAUGUGUGCGGUUAGCACUGGUUCAUGCAAAGCAGACCAAUUGAGGUCAUGGCCCACUGCAGAAUAGAGUUUGGGUGCUGAUCAACUGUUAACUUUGGGUAUCUUUCUCCAUCUCUCUUCUGUUCUGAUUUGGAUGGAAAUGGUAACUUUUUUCUCUUUACACACAUGCUGGUCGACCAGCUACCGUUUCCAGCAUUUAUCUCUUUUUGUUUGGGUUUUUCUCAUUUGCCUUGUUCUCAAACUACCUGCAGUGGGCCAAGACUGGCCAUUGGUCGCACCAUGACCGGCAACCAACCUUAACUAUUACCUGUUCAUGUAAUUUGUCCAUAUCCACUUGAACCUCACUAAUAUAUAUUUUUAAUAAUAUUCACAGUUUACAUUGCGAUGGUUCUAAACUCGAGUGUUGGCUGAUGCUGACUAUAUCAUUCACCUUGUGUGCAUCAAAAGCUAACAUUUUGAAGUGUCGGGACAUGACAUAGUCACGUUACUAUUGCUGAUGUGGAGAGAAUACGUGCUAUCCACCUGUUUAUGGUGGAAAUGAAGUACAGCAGCAAAGCUGUUCAGCGAGAAUUAAUGCAUCCACACCCCAGCAGCCAGAACACUUUUAAUUAUAAGUUCCAUUCUGGCUUUUCCUACUCCUCACUGAUCAACUAAAUAGCAUUUGGCUGUUUUCCGUACGUCCACAUUUCCUUCUGACAAAUAUAGAGAACAUUUGACCCAUCGAGUCCAUGUUGACUCUCGGAAUAAUUCCAUUCACCAACAAUUUUCUUUUCUCCUGUGAGCUAUCCUCGCUUGUCCCCAUCACGUCCCCCCCCCCCCACUUUUUAUUAUACAC